AUUCAAAUAAAUUGCAUUUUAACAGCAAGUGAUUUCUUAUGCUGCACACAAUAUACAAAGUAUGUAUGCAUGCAGAGCAACGCAUGUUAGUGUUGCUGCAGAAAUGGAGGACUGAGUAGUAAACACGGACAUGCAUGAACCCCCCCCCCCCUCUCUCCUAUAGGCGAGGCGAGGAGGAGGGUGAGGAGAAAAAUGAAGUCAAUUAUACAACCGCACCCUCCUCUCUGUUACUACUACAGGCUCCUGAUGCAGCCGCAGCGGCUCCAGUCUGCAGGCAUGUCGGCCGGCGGCUGUGACGCGGCGAAGCGGCCAGUAGCAGGUACAGCAGCAGAUGUAGACGAGGACGUCGCGGGCCGAGCUGUGGAGCUGCCCAGGAAACGUAAGGGAGAAGUGGAGGAGAGGCAGAGCGAGGACCUUCACCUGAAGGAUGAGCUCAGCAGAUCUGAAGAAGAGGAUCAGCAAGUCAAAAUGAAAAUCUUCAGGGAACCUCACCGGCAGAUCGAGAAGCGACGGAGGGAUAAAAUGAACACCCUCAUUGACGAGCUGUCGGCCAUGAUCCCGGCCGGCAAGCCCGCCACCCUAAAGCUGGACAAGCUGACUGUGCUGAGGAAGGCUGUGCUGCACCUGAAGACCCUCAGAGCCGGGACCAGCAGCGUCUUCACAGACACCAGCUGCACGCCUUCAGUCCUGUCGCAGGACGACCUCAGGGGCCUUCUGCUCAGGGCUGCAGACGGCUUCUUGUUAGUUGUGAGUUGUGAUGGAGCAAAGAUCUUGUUUGUCUCUGAGUCCGUCUGCAGGACGCUGAGCUUCAGCCGGUUGGAUCUGACCGGGCAAAGCUUGUUCGACUUCCUUCACCCCAAAGACAUCAACAAGGUGAAGGAGCAGCUGUUGUCCUCAGAGAGUCGUGGCCCCCCUGUUGCCGGGGCUCAGGUGCAGACGGACGCCCCCCUUAGUUCGCACCACAUGUCCUCUGGAGCCCGGAGGUCCUUCCUCUGCAGGAUGAAGCACAGUCGGGUGGCGGAGAAGCCGGACCACAAGCAGCCGCUGCCCAGUACUCCUAAAAAGAAAGACUCUUACAGACACUGCACCCUGCACUGCACCGGGUACAUGCACAGCUGGCCGAGCAGCCAGUCAGAGAACGACGCUGACAAGGAAACCUCCAGCCUGAGCUGCCUGGUGACGGUGUGCCGCCUCCUCCCUCUCGUGUCCCACCAGCCCCCCACAGACCUCCACACCAAGCCCUCGGAGUUUGUUACCCGCUGUGCCAUCGACGGCAAGUUCACCUUUGUAGAACAACAAGCCACGACAGUUAUCGGUUAUCUGCCGCAGGAAGUUCUCGGCACGUCGUGUUACGAGUACUUCCAUCAGGAUGACCUGCAGCACCUGGCAGAGAAACACUGGCAAGUUCUUCAAAGCAAAGAGAAGAUUGAGACGCGGUGCUACAAGUUCAAAACUAAACACGGCUCCCAUGUUUCCCUGCAAAGUCAGUGGUUUAGCUUCACAAAUCCAUGGACCAAAGAAGUUGAGUUUAUCGUGUCUUUAAACAGGGUCGUGUCCAGGGGGCCUGGUCACACAACACAUGAGGACGCAGGCAGCUCAAAGGCCCUUCAGGACGACACAAGGCAAAUACCCAUAAUUCCCGGCCUUUCCAGUGGUGUGGGCACGAUGAUCUAUGCAGGCAGCAUCGGGACACAAAUCGCAAACAAGCUCAUGGACUCCUACAGCAGAAUGAACUCGUCUCCAUCGAGCGGAGCUUCCAGUCCGUUUGGCCCGGCGCUGGAGAAAUAUCCCCUAGUUUCCUCACAAACCAGCACGAGUGCGUCCAGCAGAGAGGAGGCAGUAGGCAGUUCAUCCCAGUCGGACUCCCGGGCAGCAGUGGGCGUGAGCAGUGCAACCUCUGAGAGUUCAGGUGAGACGUCCCAGCUGGACCUGGACAGCAUGGUGGUGCCGGGCCUGAGCAGCUUCAGCAGUGAUGAGGCAGCCAUGGCGGUCAUCAUGAGCCUGCUGGAGACGGACGUCAACAUGGGUCAAUCAGGGGACUUUGACGACUUACACUGGCCGUUCUAGAGGGCGCAGGCUUUGUGCUCUCUCAUGCUCUGCUGCCGUUGUCUUGCAGAGAACUUCAGAUGUGUAUUCUGAGGCCGACUGAGCCGCCUUACACAACAAAACCUACUUGAAUUAAACCAAAGGCUUUAAGGAAGCUUAACAAAAUUUAGUAGCGAUUAUUGUUACUGUGAUUACCUUGUUGGCCCGCCUCUCGUCUGAAUGUGAGGUUCAAGUGUCCCAUAGCCUUCGGUGACACUUCAGCCUCCUCAGAGGGGCUCGAGCCCCGAGGUCUGGAUAUGAUCAGACUCCUGCAUGUGCAGUGCUGCUACAGAGACUCCUCAAACCUGUGACAUCUGCGAACCCCCCGGUACCGCGUGAUGACUGACGUUUUAUCAUAACAUGUUCUGAUUGUUCCAUUUGUACUGUUUUACCCCAACAGUAAAUACAGAUGAUCAACGUGAAGAUUAUCAGACAGUUUUCUGACCAGGUUGAGUUUGGUUGAUUCUUGGUAUUAUUGCCCUGCAGACUGACUGACAGGCAUCACACAGGAGUGAAUGCAACACACAAUAUAAAUAAUAAAUCACAACACAAUAAAUAUGCCAAACUACUCCAAGUAAAGAUGAACACUAGAGUACUAUGGAGCCAGUAUAGAGGUGAAACACUGCCCCCUGUUGGAGCAGGUGGCUCAGAACUACACACUGAACCUUUUUAAAAGCAACCAUGGGAAUGUGUUUCAUGGCAGAAGCUUUACUUUGGGACUGUUUUUAAUGUAGUAAAUACUUGAAUAUUGACAACUUUUAUUAAUCAAAACUCACACACAUGCAACUCAUUUGUGUCUGUGAGGUUCCUCGGUAAACAAGCUUUCUUUAGUGUCUGUUUUCAUAUUGAAUGUGCACGCAGGGACGGAGCCCUGUCUGCCUGUACUGAGUUCACAUAUCACAUUUUAAUUUAUGUUUAAUGCUUCUGGGGUUGGCAGGCUGAGGAAAACAUUUGACACAGAAUAACCCCUGAGUGUGUGAGGCUGGAUUUUACUUUUAGACUCUGUGACUUCGCAAUGCUCCUGUAAACGUGGUUAUAUCACUGAUUCCUCUCAUCUUGAAGCAUAAUGUGAUUGUGUUGCCUUGAACACAUGUUGUCUCUGACAGCUUCACUCGUAAAUCUGAAUAUUGAACACGUCCUGCUGUCUAAAGACAACAUGUCGGAUAUUUCUAUGUGCACAUUGAGGUUGAUGUAUCUGCUGUAAUAAGGAGUGAAGGAAAGUAAACAUUCUUUUCAUAAA